AUGGCUUCUAAUACAUACCCCGUGCUUCCAGAGAAGCUUCUCCUCAUCUCACUAAAGAUGUAUUUCACCCCAGAGCGCACAACCAACUACCUGCGCGCACUCCUGGAUCCCGCCAACGAGAUCGUCCACCCCCAGAACAGAGAUAAACUCCUCCUCGCCCUGAUCCCCGAUUUUCUCACGAUCUGGCCCUGCGCAGAGAUCCUAAAGGAGUACGAGAACAAGCUCGUCGCCUCUGGCACAUCCAUCUCCCCGCCGCCCUUCUUCCUCGGCGCCCAGGAUUGCAUGUGGGAAGAGUACGGCGCGUACACGGGCGAAGUCUCCCCAGCCGCGAUCAAGUCUCUCGGCUGCUCAAUUGUCGAGCUGGGCCACGCCGAACGCCGUGCCAUCUUCGGCGAAACGGAUGACCAGACCGCCCGCAAGGCGGCCGCAACUUGCGCGCAGGGCAUGGUUCCCCUCGUCUGUGUCGGUGAGAUCACUGCCCCCGGCGCUGUUGCCUCUGAAGCCGUCGGUCAAGCUGUCUCCGAAUGCGCGGUUCUCGUUCGCGCCGUGCUAGCUGCCAUCCCCGCGGAUGCCCCCGUGAUAUUCGCAUACGAGCCUGUGUGGGCCAUUGGUAAACCCAAACCCGCCGGCGUCGAUCACGUCGCCGCCGUCGUGGAGGGUAUCCGUGGGGUGAUUGGCUCGCGGCCGGGUACAGCGCGUGUGCUGUACGGUGGCAGCGCUGGACCUGGACUCUGGGGAGCUGGAGGACUGGGCAAGACGGUCGAUGGUAUGUUUCUGGGACGCUUUGCGCACGAAAUCGAGGGCGUGCGCAAAGUCGUCCGCGAAGUGGAGGAGUCGCUAGGCGUGGCCUGA